AUGAGGAGGAUAGGAGGUAGAGUAAUGAUGGCAAUGUUGAAUUAUGAAGAGGAUAGGAGAUUUUAUCACCAACCUGUUAAGAAACUAAAACCUGAUUACAAAUUAGAGCCUGAAGUACCAGCAUUUGAUAAAAAAGUACCAAUUUUGUUUGCUUUGGAACCAAAAGCACCUCAGCAGCCUUCGCCUGAACCAAUUGAUCCGUAUGAAUUCAGUGAAGAUCAACCAGAAAAUGUGACACAAACUGGAACACCAUAUUCAAGAAAUCGUGGUAAGGAAGGCAAAAAAGGACGUGGAAUUCUUCAGCGACGGAACAGUAUUCGUAGCAACAAGCAGCAAGAUCGUAAAAAACAAGAGGACGAGCAGAAAAAAGCAGAAGAAGAACGCCUAAAACAAGAACAACAGCAUCAGCAGCAACAGCAACCACAGUCGCAAGCACCUUCAUCAACAGGGACUGCAGCACCAUCUGAUAAAAACCCACUGGUUAAUCUUAAAAGUCCAUUGUCAGGGUUACCACUUGCCAGACAUGACCCGUCAGCAAGCUUAAUGCGUGAAACAGACUUAGCAGUCACAGCAAAUGAUCUUGAUCAGUUAUUUGAAUCAUCAGAUGACGAUGAGUGUGGUGGUGCAUUUGAUAGCCUAUCACAGAAGAUCUCAAUGAUAACAGCUGAUGAUAGCGUUAUGAAACCCUCCAGUACGCAUAACAAAGGAAGCUCUCUUAAUAGCACCAAUAAUGGCUAUCUAAUGACGUCCAGCGAACUUGCAAGGAUGUUUCCAACUCCACCGUCGCUUGAGUGCAAUCCUGGAAGUGCUGAGUACAUCAAUCCAGAUUCUGCUCCUGGAUCCUCUCUUCUGGAUCUGCCUUCAGCAAUACCAGAUUUGAUGGAAAUAGAAAUUGAAGAAAGUCUGGGUAGUCCCAAACCGGAACCCAUCAAGGACUGGUCAUUCGUGUUCAAAAUCCCCGUCAUGCAACGAUAUUUUGGAUCUUCUAUGUAUGCCCCAUUGAAAUCACUGCCAAGCUCAAAACUACCACCUCUGAAAUUUCCAAACAAUUGUCUUUACAAGCCAUCAUGGCAGGUUGGCCUAUCUCAAAAACAAGACUACCUGCCGCCCAGCAAGGAUUUACCCAGUGUUAGUAGUGUUGAUACAGAUAUGAUAAAGGCUACUCAGCAUCCAAUGCUGCCUCUGCCAUCUGCUGGCACCCCAGGAGUUCUACAAUCACCUGCCACGUUUCAUGCCACCCAGGAACACCAUCAGAACUUUGAGUCUUUUUCACCAGCAUCCACUCCGUCGUCGUACGUCAAAAAUCUCAAUUCAAUUGAGCCUCCAACGCCAGCUAAUAACAUUCCAGAGGCUCAUAGUUUGUUUGUUAAUCUUGUGUUGUCAGAUUCAUUAUUGAACCUCUUUAAAGAUCGCAACUUUGAUAGCUGUGUUAUUUGUGUGUGUAACAUGAACAUUAAGGGAAAUGAUGCUAGUCUGUAUCUCAAUGAUAAUCAGGCACAAUACAAGUGUGUGUGUGGGUUUAGUGCCAUUAAGAACCGUAGGUAUGGUACAGGAAGCGGCCUUUUUGCGGAGGAUGAACAGGAUAUUACAGGACAGCAGCACGAUAUUGCAUUGUGGGCACAAAACACUGAUCACAUGGAUCCAGAUCCCACUCGGAAAGCUGUUAAUAACACAGAAGAAGGAAACCAGUCGUUAACAGAAGGGAGACGGAGAGUACCAGAUAUUCUUGUGGAUGUGAUCAAAGACCAGUGUUCUUCACCAUACGGAACACUGUGUCAGUCAGACAGUGUGGUUUUAAAACACAGAUCGGGUAACAACUCAGGACAAAUUGCAAGGAAUCAGUUAGAAUUGUCUGAUGGCUGUGAUGCAUGCUUCUCAGCCUUGGAAUUAGGGAGACAGCUUCUUGACGGAUCUAAUAAUAAAUUGGACGAUACAAUGUGGAAAGGAACCUAUCUCCACAGUUGGGCAUUUACAACAGUUGAUGUGCGAAGUCACCUCUCUUCACAAGAUAUCGUUAGGAUAUUGACAACACUUAGGCCUAUACUUCAAGAUGUGGUGCAACGAAAACGAUCAAGUCGAUCAUGGGAACCUCCACAGUUCAUAGUGCAGGGUCCUUUGACUUGGCAUACAUUCUUCAGGACCGCCAGCCGAGACAAAGCGGAGUCUCCCGAACCACUGCCAGUACCAUCAUUUUUAGUUGGUCAUGAUAAAGAUUGGUUGUCACUUUCACCUUAUGCAUUACAUUAUUGGGACAAGCUGUUAUUAGAACCACAGUGUGCAACACAUGAUGUGGCAUACGUGGUUGUCACACCUGAUAAUGACUUCAUCUUGCAAUGUACAAAAGCUUUUUUUAAAGAACUGGGUGCUGUGUAUGAGACGUGUCGAUUGGGUCGUCAUGCUCCUGCAUGUACUAAAGUGCUUAGAGAUGGCAUUAUGAGAGUGCGCAAGAGUGUAGUAAAGAAAAUUGGUGACCAGCCAGUGGACAGCUGGUUUUCUCAAUUUGGUUCCAUUCCAGAUGCAGCUAAACUGAAAUUAUAUGCACAAGUGUGCAGGCACUACCUUGCUCCUCUCUUGUCAACAGAGCCAGUAGACGGCAGCAUAUUUGUUACAUCCAAACCAGAAAAAUCCAUUCACAUAAGUAGUUUAAUGUCUGGAAGUAAUCACAGCAGUAGUAGUGGAAUGGGUGCCAGUGGUACUGUUGAUAGUAGUCAUCACUCUAUGCCAGGUUCUACCUCAAACCUCAGCAGCUCAGCAGCCCAUGGAGAUAGCCAUGAUGGGUUGUCAGAGCCAAAGGAAAGUUGUAAACGAGCAGUCGUUGAAUCUGAUGAUGAUAAAAUACCACCAUUUGUAGUUGUGUAUUUAGUUGAUCCAUUUACAUAUGCAAAAGAAUACGAUGACGGUUGCCAAGCUGUAUUUUCUACCGGUUUACUUAGAUGCUUUACAGAGAUGUUACCCACAUUACCAGAGAACCUCAGGAAAACAAUAAGUGUCCAAGUGGUGCCACUUCAACAUAUAAUUGAGAUGGCGAGAAAGGAGCGAUCAACAACAAGCUUAGAUAAAAUGAAAGGAUUGGCAUUUUCUGUAUUUACUCAGUGCCGACGUUUCAUGGCUCCUACCCUUCCUAACAAGUCCCUGACUGGUUUUGGUCCGGCUGCUGACAUGGAGCUGGUUCUGCAGACAAAAGAGGCACAAGAAUUACAAUUUAAGCUUUACACUCCCCCAUACAUACUGGCACCAUUGAAAGACAAACAGACCGAAUUGACAGAAACGUUUGGGGAAGCAGUCCAACAGUGCGGGGAGCUGUUUGUUGGUUAUUGCCUGUCGCAUGAUCAAAGGUGGUUGCUUGCGUCCUGUACGGAUCUCAGAGGAGAGAUGAUGGAAACGUGUAUGAUUAACAUUGAUAUACCAAACAGCAAAAGAAGGAAAAAAGUGUCUCAGAGAAAACAUGCCAUCCGCAAACUAUGGGAUUUCAUUCUUGGCGUUACGGCAACAACAGCAUUACCAUGGAGAUUGGUCAUUGGACGAUUAGGAAGACUGGGUCAUGGUGAAAUCAAAGAUUGGGCCGUCCUACUGAAUAGGAAGACUCUUUUGAGUCGUAGUCGUCAACUUCGGGAUAUGUGCAAGACGUGUAAUUUUACUGUGAAUACUGCAGACUACCCAUGCAUAAUAAGUGCCUGCCUUGUGUCCAUGGAACCAGAUCCAACCAUUAGAAUGAUGGCUGAUUCUGUAUCAAUGGAUAGGACUGGAAGGAGUGCCUUUUCUCAGCAAAACCAAACCAUGUUACAUUCACCUGGUGAUGCCACCUGUACACAUAUCCAGGUGUUCCCAACAAGCGCCACAACACAAGUAGCAUCUUCAGGCUACACCACUGAGACGGUUGAUCCGUUUGGUGGAGCCAACGACAGUGCAAUGGUGGAUGAUCUUUUGUUUCCAGAGACUGAUUUAAAUGAUGAUGAUCUUGAUUUUUUUGAUUUUGGACCGGAAUCUCCUACACAUAUUGGGUCACCUGAUCCAUCCCAAUUAAGUUGCACCGAUGGUAGAGCUGGCUCACCAAGUGCAACACAAACUGGUUUACAGGUCAAUGGUGAUAUAUCCUCUAAGAGUACAUCUGGACAGUUGCUUGGUGCGGAUUCAGAAGAGGCAUUUAUAUUACAACAACCAUUAGCAUUGGGAUUUUACACAUCUACAACACCCACUGGUCCACUUCCCAGCUGGUUCUGGGUUUCAUGUCCACAAGCUGAGACGUCCUGCCCCAUCUUUCUCAAGACUGCCUUGCAUGUCCACACUGCGUCAGUGCAUCAAUCAGAUGACAACAUAAUGCAGCAUCGUCACACUCAUCAGUUGGAUUCCAACCUCACAACGGACGUUCUUAGGUAUGUAUUAGAGAAUUACAAUGCUUUAUCAUGGCUAACUGUGGAUCCAUCCACCAAAGACAGACGUUCCUGUUUACCAAUUCAUUUUGUGGUACUCAUGCAGCUUUACAAUACAUUAUCAGCUUUACUCUAACUCAACAAGAGAUGUUACCAAUGUAAUGAACUCAAUAGUUUGUUGUUGCUGCCUGGGAAUAAUGAUAAGAUAUCAACUCGUGACUUGUAUGUGGUAUUGUUGCCAUAGAGACAUCACAGCGAUAGCUACGCUUCAAACUUAUCUCGUAUGAACUACAUUGAGUCUAUCGUGCAAGAGUCGCAUCCUUUAUAAUGAAUAUCACUGUAGACCAAUGAAUUUUUAUCUCAGUAGUCAUGUGAUGCAGAACAUUAAUUCGGCAUUAACUCAAGCGGUUAAUAUUGCCGAUUAUUUUUGAACAAAUAUACAUUACGUCACAUCGUACGUCUCCGAACUGUUUAUCAGAGAUUUUGAGAUACUCUUACAGCUGAUGGCUGGCAGCGAUAUAGGUAUUAUUUGGCUUCCAGAAAACUUAAAAUUGAAUUGGUCGCCAAAAGCAAAUGUUAAAAAUGUACAGUAUAAAAAGUAGAGGUGCGCCUUUCUGAGAAAGAUGUGUCAUCUACUUAUGUAUAUAUGUUUAUAGAAGCAAUGUAAAACAUUUAAAAUAUACGAAAGUCUGUAACUUAUUUUUAUGGGGAAUAGCAAUGUAUGGCAAAUUGUAUUAUAUUAUGAAAAAAAAUGCAACUUGAGAGAAGAAAAAAAACAGUGGUUUCUUAAAAUCAUACAUCUGGUUAUCAUAAGUUCAUGUGACUUUUGAAUUGCAAUGCAAACUUGUGAGUGUACCCGUUGUGUAUAUACAUACAAGCACUAACUUUCCCGCUGGAUUAUCAUUAGCUCAGUACUCUACAAUCAAAGACAAAAUUUACGUUCAAUACAUUGCCUGUCACAAGAAGGAAUUCAUGAAAAUUAGUUUUAAAAUAAAUGAUGAGUCAUAAGUUGACUUUUUAUUGUGUUCCUUGUCAAGAAAUUCUAUUUUAUAUGGUCAUAUAAAAAUUCUCUGAAUAUUCUUAAUUUACUAUUCUGCUUUAUAAAAAUAAUUUAUCUGUCGGCUGUACAGGGGUACAGUGUUUUGCCUCCUUCCCCUCCCCCCUCCAGCACCUCACUUCCACUAGUACUUUGGUGUUGUUGUUUUUCUACAAGUGCAUUUACUAAUUGUGACUGAGUUGAGUUGGAAACCAAAGUAUUAUCUUACUGUUAUAAAUUAUGAAGCAGUCGUUAAACUGCGCAAAUUUCUUGGACAAGCAGCUUAUGUAUGUGAAUUGCUGCUUCUCAUCCCCCUUCCAUCCUACAACAUUGUGAACCAAAUGCUUGGUGUAUUUAUGUAAAUAGUUGCUAUAGCAACUGUAAACAAAAUACAAGGUGUACAGUAUUACUGUUUUGUGUACAUUUUCUUUUAUUAUUCUUGUUAUGCGUAUAUUUCCCUUCGCAGUUUGUUGACAGCAGUGGGAAUUGCUACCGUGUAUAGAUUAUUAUUUUUUAAUUAUUUCUGUUCCUUUAGUGGAAAUUACAGAAAAGGGAGAGUCCAAGACGAAAAGCAUAUUAUAUUUGUUGGGUUCUAUAUAUAUAUUUGUAAGUACAGGGAAGUAGCCUGGAUGUUGUUUCAAUCAAUUUGUGACCAGAGACAAUGAUAUUAAUGACAGAUAAUUUAUACUUUUUCACACACGAUUUGUAGAAUAAAAAUAAGUUAUUCCUGUUAAAA